AAAUUCACAAAGGUACAUAAUUUCCACUUUCCUCAUCCACAAUUUUCCAUCACUUUCCCUCAUUUUCCCGGAAAAAUUAGCCAGCAGAAUACCGUUCCCAAUGCCCUCCCCACUCGGGUCGCCCACGAGCUCCCGGUCGGUGACCCAGACCGUCAACGGGUCCCACAGAUUCACCAUCAAGGGCUACUCCCUGGCCAAAGGCAUGGGCAUCGGGAAGCACAUAGCUAGCGAGACCUUCACCGUCGGCGGUUACCAGUGGGCCAUCUAUUUCUAUCCCGAUGGGAAAAAUCCAGAGGACAAUUCCGCCUAUGUCUCCGUAUUCGUCGCCCUAGCCAGCGAGGGCACCGACGUGAGGGCCCUUUUCGAGCUCACGCUAUUGGAUCAAAGCGGCAAGGGCAAACAUAAAGUGCAUAGCCAUUUCGAUCGAGCUCUCGAGAGCGGCCCUUAUACGCUCAAGUAUCGAGGCAGCAUGUGGGGGUAUAAGCGUUUUUUCAGGCGGGCUAUGCUUGAAACAUCAGAUUUCCUCAAGGAUGAUUGCUUGAAAAUUAAUUGCACUGUUGGUGUUGUGGUUUCGGAAAUAGAUUGCCCAAGGUGGCAACCCAUACAGGUCCCUGAAUCUGAUAUUGGAAUUCAUUUUGGCAUGCUGUUGGAGAAUGAAGAAGGUUCAGAUGUUACUUUCAAUGUGUCUGGGGAAAAGUUUCCUGCUCACAAACUGGUAUUAGCUGCUAGGUCUACUAUAUUUGAAACUGAAGUUUCUAACAGGAUGGAGGAAGACAGUACUGAAAUAGUUAUCAUGGAUAUGGAGCCUAAGGUUUUUAAGGCUUUGCUGCAUUUCAUAUACAAAGAUACUCUUAUUGAAGAUGAAGGGUUCUUAGGGACCAGUUCUUGUGCUUCAUCUGUAUCUGACACACUACCUUCAAAGUUGUUAGCAGCAGCAGACAAAUAUGACUUGCCUAGACUUAGAUUGAUGUGCGAAUCUGUACUUUGCAAGGACAUAUCUGUGAAUUCUGUUGCGAAUAUUUUGGCCCUGGCAGACCGUUAUCAUGCUAUGGAACUAAAAUCUGUUUGCUUAAAAUUUGCUGCUGAAAAUCUUGUGGCUGUUAUGCAGGCAGAUGGUUUUGAGUAUCUCAAAGAAAACUGCCCAGCGCUGCAGUCAGAGCUCCUAAAGACAGUGGCAGGAUGUGAGGAAGAAUUCAGUGGGGGAGGGAAGAGCCGAACUGUCUGGGGACAGUAUUCUGAAGGUGCUGAUACAAUUGACAGGAGUAUAAGGCAACAAACUUGGGAAGAUGGAGAGGACGGAAAUAGAAGAUUGUGGGUUCAAGUGGGUGGUCCUGUUGCAGGAGAUGAAAGUCCCAGGCAAGAAGACUAAUGUAGUAAACAACUCCAAUCUGUUUGUCAAAUGACAUCAAAUGAACAAAAAAACAUAAAACAAGUGGAAAACGAGAAAGGAUCACAUCAAAGGAACUAAAGCCUUCACCUCUGUGAUUUUUGCCCGUUCUGUUGUGUUUUAUGAUGUAUUUUAGUUGUUGAUCACCUUUUGAUUAGCAAUCAGAAUGUAAUGCAGUAGCUUUCUAAAUCCUCUGGAGGCACAUUUGUAACGUCCAUUUCCUUUAUGCAGUUGAAGUAAUCUCAAUUAGUCUUGCGUGCAAGCAAUUGCCUUUUCUCAAGAGGAAAAAAAAAAAAAAGUUUUGAGCACCAAUAUCAGGUGGGAAUGGGAAGUGGAAAGGAUGGAAGAGGGAGAUGCAACUGAUUAAAGUAACAGGUUGGCCCAAUGUUAGUUCUGCUUCUCUAUCUGUUGAGAAUUCCGGCUAAAUAAAUAAUAUAGUUUUUU